AGGUGUGCUCCUAACACAUCCUUACUACCUACCUAGCCUAAGGUAGGUAAGUACUAGGAGAAGUAGUGACAAGGGGUAAAAGCUAACAAUAUUUCAAGGGGUGGAGUUGCACCACGAGUUGUUGUACUUUCUGCCCCUCAGCUCUUCCAGCUUAUUUGUUUUCCGGAGAUCCCCUGUCUCUCUUAACAUAGUUCUGUUAGGUAACCUCAAGUCCCUAUUUCUUUCAUAAGUCCAGCACUGCCUUUUGAAUUUCAAGCUUGGGAUUUUUCCUUUGGUAAAGUCUUUUCUUCCCUUCCUGUCCUAUAAUCUGCGUACAGAUUAUACAAGCUACCUUUAUCUUUAUCAGUUUAUACGGCUCUCAACCCUCGCUCAAGACCACCAUGGCACAAUUUACUCCCACCGAGUAUCAGAACCUCAAGUCUGUAUACGAAAAGGCCGGCCAGGGUCAUGUAUUCACUUAUUUCGACUCCCUAAGCCAGCCCGAGCAACAAGCCUUUUUCGAGCAACUCCAGAAGAUUGAUCCCGCCAGAGUCCAGAAACUACGAGACCUUGCUUUGAACCCACCGACAGAGGAGGGUCAGGCCGUCCUCGAACCCCUCCCCGAGUCGGCUAAUGCUAGCAUUUACGAUUCGAAGCCUGAAGAUAUUCAAAGAUGGUAUGACCUUGGUUUAGAACUGAUUGGGAAGGGUGAGGUUGCCGUAGUUUUGCUAGCCGGCGGUCAAGGUACCCGCCUAGGAAGCAAAGCCCCAAAGGGAGCCUUCGAUAUUAAACUCCCUUCCCAUAAAUCCCUUUUCCAAAUCCAAGCCGAGAGGAUCUUGAAAGUCCAAGAGUUAGCAGCUGCGCGGGCCGCAGACCCUAGCAAGGCCGUGAUCCCAUGGUUCAUCAUGACCAGUGGUCCGACACGGGGGCCCACCGAGAGAUUUUUCAAGAAGGAAAAGCUUGACGAACUGAGCGACGAGGAAAACGCCAUCCGGGCUCAGGGAAAGCCUUACUUCGGCCUCGACCCCAAGAACGUAACCAUCUUCGAACAAGGCGUACUUCCUUGCAUCACCAACGACGGAAAGUUCAUGCUUGCGAGCAAGGGAAAACUGGCUGUUGCUCCCGACGGCAACGGUGGUCUAUACAAGGCUCUACAGGAUGAAGGGGUCCUGGAUAAAAUGCGCCCCAAUAUCAAGCACGUCCACGCUUACUGCGUUGACAACUGCUUGGCCAAGGUCGCGGAUCCGAUCUUCAUCGGAUUCGCUGCGGAGAAGAAGGUGAAAAUUGCUACUAAGGUUGUAAGGAAGCGAGAUGCCAAGGAGUCAGUCGGUCUCAUCCUCCAGAAGAAUGGCAAGCCUGAUGUUGUCGAGUACUCGGAAGUCGACGAUGCCAUUCGUCAAGCAGUAGACCCCAAGCAACCCAGCAUCCUCAAGUUCCGCGCUGCCAACAUCGUCAACCACUAUUAUUCGUUCGAAUAUCUGGACAGCAUGGGAGAUGCUGUGAACAGCUUACCACCGCAUGUUGCCCGAAAGAAGAUUCCCUUUUUCGAUACCGAGAAGGGUGAGGCUGUAGAACCCAAGACGCCAAACGGUAUCAAGCUGGAGCAAUUCGUUUUUGAUAACUUCAAGUGGCUAAACUUAGACGAGUUUGCCUGCUUCGAAGUCAGGCGUGAAGAGGAGUUCUCCCCUCUAAAGAAUGCAGACCCAGCCCAAACGUCUGACGGAACAUUCGAGAAAGAGCCUGAGGACAGCCCUACAACCAGUCGCAGACACAUCAAAGAGCAGGGUCGACGAUGGGUUGAAGCAGCUGGCGCAACGGUCAAGAAUGGAGAUGUUGACGGUGGCCUUGAGGUCUCCCCGCUCACAAGCUACGCCGGCGAAGGUCUGGAGGAGUUCAAGGGGCAGACCAUCGAACAAGCUACUAUUUGAUUAAGCGAAAAGAUAAGUAUGCUGUCACCUUUGAAAGUUAAUGGCUGGGUCUUAGCAUUUACUUUCAGAAAUAUAACCUCAUUUGACAUUGAAGAUAACUACGAAAGAAAAAAUAACAUAGAGAAACUCUUUGACAGUUUUACAAUAUGUAUUUCAUUAGAUUUUCAAGUAUCAUUUGUCUGUAUAACUCUUUGGAAGUUAGCAAAAUGAAUACGCCAAGACCCGGCCAUGAUUAUUCGAGGGUGCUAGAUACCCCGGUAGACCAAUUAACAU